AUGGCUAAUGAAGAUACUGCUCGGAUUUGGGAGGAUUUUCUCAAAGUUGCAAAGCGUGGGACAAAAAAGGGAGGAAUUCGUGUUUACAAAAUCGAUUUAUGCAAGAAUGCGAUCAAACUGUCGGAUAAAUUAAUGGAAUAUGGUCCAAUAAGCGGAGAUCGACUUGAUAUUUGGGUGGAAUACCUCGGUAAAGUCUAUGAGAUGUUGGAAGGAGACAAGGACACGAUAGAAAAUAAAACCGAAGGUAUGUCGAUUGGACUGGUAUGUGAUGUAAAGCAUUCUGAUUUGGAUCAGCGCUAUUUUAUAAAAUGCCAUCAACGUGGUCCACGACCAACCUCUUCAUCCAUAUCGAGUCGAUAUAAUAGUAUUAGUCUACCGUACGUCCAAGAGUUAUACGUCUAUAAGUUACUAUCGUUGAUCCAAAUCUGCGGUGAAGUCCAUUUUAUAUUUCCACAAACUUCCGCCACAAAGAAGACAUUGUACAUUGGAACUCGGGAGAUCAAAUUUACACCAGCGAAACAGUUGACUUUCAAAGAAGCAAAUCCUCGUGCUUUGAUGUUAGUGCACUUUCUUCAAUUUAUCUUGCGUCUGGAAGAUAUUGGGACGAAUAGCGGGAACUACGGUCAAAAUGAUGAAGGAGAACCCGUAAUCAUCGAUUUUUGGGUUACACCUAAAGAAGACUAUACACUUUCCGAUAAUCAGAUUGAGGAUUUUUGGAAAAAUCAACAUGGCAGUAAUUCCAAAAUUAUCUCCGAAGUUAUGACGAGAGUGCCACGUGAGGAAAGAAGAAAAAUUAUACAUGAAGCAAUGGAAACCUGGUCGCUAAUAAGGAAAAUCGAAGAAGCUAAAUCCGCCAUAGAAGAAUUUCUCUUAAAAAGCGGAGAAAGGUUGGAAACAAGUGGAGAUAUUUCCCGAUAUGUUCGCGAUAUAAAGACUAAUAAAACGUCAUUUGGGCAAAAUGACCGUCCAGCGUCAACCAUUUGUAUACUACUCGUGUCCCUCGACGGAUUGUCCGAGCAUCCACUCAAGAAACAGUCUGAUAUGGCUGUUCUACUAAGAACAGCAGACUCAAACAGGAAAACGGCCAGUACCAAAUGCAACGAGUACUCGUCUCGUUCUCAUGCCAUAUACAUGUGGAAAAUCAAGGCAGAGCAGAAAUCAACUGGUAUUUCGACCAACUCGGUGCUCAAACUGGUUGAUUUGGCUGGAUCGGAGCGCGCAAAGGAGUCGGGAGUUGUUGGACAACAAUUCAAAGAGAUGACCAACAUCAAUCAGUCCCUCUCCGUUCUUCAAAAGUGUGUCAGCAUGCAAAAGUCAAAAUCAUCACAUGUACCAUAUCGGGAUAGCAAGCUCACACAAGUUCUUAUGGAUUGUUUGGGACGAGGAAACUCCAAAACAAUGGUGAUGGUCAAUAUCACUCCGUGCGAAGAACAAGCCACCGAGUCGAAGCGAAGCAUUGAGUUCGCUGCUAAGAUGUGGGACACUCACAUUGGAUCAGCAGUACAGCAACGCGAAAUCAAUAAGGAAAUUACCCGUCUGCACCCAUCUGACCAUUUUGUCAAAUAG